AAAAAAGUAGGAAACUGGUGGUUUUAAUGUCAAAAGGUAGCUCAGUUGGGUGAAAAGUGGCAAAUAAUGGUGAAAAAGGGCAAAAAUCGGAAAAAGCGACAAAAAAUGAGAAAAAGAUGGCAAAUAGAAGUGGCAUUAAUGUGGUAUCUAAUGAUAAAAGGUAGCAUUAGUGGGUCAAAAGUGGCAGAAAAUUGUAAAAAGCAGCAGAAAAGUUUCAAUUUUUUAGGUUUUCUGGGGGAAUAAUGUUUCAAAUUCAGACAUUAAAGAGCCACAUGAGGCCCCAGAGCCACAUGAGGCUCCAGAGCCACAUGAGGCCCCAGAGCCACGCGUUGAGCAUCACUGACCUAAACCUACAGACUCUGACAUUUCCUCUCUCUCCGACAAACUAAACAGCUUCCUUCUCUCCCUGAUGACAUCCUGAACUCACCUGUCAUGUCCUGGUUUCAGUAUUUUCCAGAAACGUGGGUGUUAGGAUAGUUCCAGUAACUGCAGUGGCCUUUAAAUAAGAAGAAUGAUAAGAAACGCUUUUAGAAUGACCUCUCCCUAACCGAAGGACCCCCACCCUGCAGAUUUCACAGCCCAGUUGUUUUUGUUAAAAUAAUAGGGCAUGUCUUCUGGGUUUGAAUAACAGUAGUAGAGUAAAAGCGGUGCCAGAUGUUUGCUUCUGUUGCGGAGUGCAGAGGAGCUCGGUCGUGACGUCACUGUCCGGGGUUUCCUAGAGAAGUGAACCGUACGGCGUCAUGGCGGAGGCCGGUUGUCGGAAGAGCCUGGAUUGAAAUGCCAGCUUUCUGCAAUCACAGCUGACCGUGGAGUACUAACCCUCGCUAACACCUUUAACGGAGACGGGGACUUAUUUGAUUUCUGAAGGGGAGAGGAAAACCAGCUCUGAACAAGUUUAACUGAACUGAACCGUCCGGGGCUGCUCUCCCUCACUGGGAGAAGGCUAACGAGCUAGCCUGAGCUAUCAGCGGCUGCUAGCUGUUAGCUAUCAGCGGCUGUUAGCUCUCUGCUGGAAUAAAAGAAGAAAGAAGCCCCGGAGAGGUGGAUUAAAACACCGGAUUCGUUGGAGAUUCACAGGUUAGCCACGUCGACGAUAAAACUGCAGGUUUGUCAGGGGGAAGUCUGUACUUGUGGACUUCAACAUGGCGGGACGCAGCGAGGAUGAAAGCGUGAGCAACAGCAGCGGAGAAUCAAGUAAUUCUGAUGAUGAGUCCGGUUCUGGAUCAGGCUCAGGAUCGGGGUCCGGCUCAGGCUCCAGUUCCAGCUCCUCCAGCAGCAGCAGCCAAUCAGGGAGCAGCGACUCAGGUAGCGGCUCGGACUCCGGCAGCCAGUCAGACUCUGACAAUGAGAAAUCCAAGGAGAAGAUCGAGCCGCCAAAUAAGUCAAACAUCGACGGAGCUGAGUUCUGGAAGUCCAACCCAAGUAUCCUCGCAGUGCAGAGAUCGGCCAUGCUCAGGAAACAGCAGCUUCAGCAGCAGCAGCAGCAGCAGAGACAAAGCUCCUCCAACAGUGGAUCAGAUGAGGACUCGUCGAGCAGCGAUGAAUCAGACUCAUCGAGUGGAUCCAAAAGGAGAAGAAAUUCAGGCUCCUCAGACUCGGGGUCUGGCUCAGGAUCUGGGAGUGGAUCAGGAUCAGACUCAUCAGCCGAGGAAAACAGCGACGAGACGGCGUCAGACUACGAGCCAAGUCACAAAAUCAAAAGCAAAAAACCUCCGACAAAGAUGAAUUUUCGAAACGGAAAGAAAAGCAGCAACCAGAAAAAGAAAACACAGAAGGGAUCUUCCUCAGAGGAUGAGGAAGAGAACUACAAGAAGAUUGCAUCGGCGGGCCCUCGGCGGCAAGCAACAGUGAACGUCAGCUACAAAGAGGACGAGGAGCUGAAGACGGACUCGGACGACCUGGUGGAAGUUCUGGGUGAAGACGUACCACAGCCUGAGGAAGACGAGUUUGAAACACUGGAGAGAGUGAUGGACAGUAGGAUAGGACGGAAGAGAGCGACAGGAAGUGUUACCACUGUAUAUGCCGUAGAAGCAGACGGGGACCCUAACGCCAACUUCAAUCCCAACAAAGAGGCGGGGGAGGUCCAGUAUUUGAUAAAGUGGAAGAACUGGGCGCACAUCCACAACACGUGGGAGACAGAGGAGACGCUGAAGUUACAGAACGUGAAAGGCAUGAAGAAACUGGACAACUUCAAGAAGAAGGAACAGGAGAAGAAGAAAUGGUUAAAGACGGCUUCACCGGAGGAUAUCGAGUACUUCAACUGUCAGGAAGAGCUGAUGGAUGACCUGCACUCUCAGUACCAACUUGUAGAAAGAAUCAUCGGACAUUCAAACCAGAAGUCAGCGGCCGGUUACCCAGACUACCUGUGUAAGUGGCAGGGUUUACCGUACUCGGAGUGCAGCUGGGAAGACGGCGCUCUGAUCGCCAAAAAGUUCCAGAAAUGUAUCGACGACUACAUGAGCAGAAACCAGUCCAAGACCAUUCCAUCCAGAGACUGCAAGGUGCUGAAGCAGAGGCCGAGGUUUAUGCCCAUGAAGAAGCAGCCGUCUUACAUUGGAGGAGAUGGACUGGAGCUCCGAGACUACCAGCUGGACAGUUUGAACUGGAUGGCCCACUCCUGGUGCAAGGGGAACAGUUGCAUCCUGGCUGAUGAGAUGGGUUUGGGGAAGACCAUCCAGACCAUCUGCUUCCUCAACUAUAUGUUCAACGAUCAUCAGCUGUACGGGCCCUUCCUGCUGGUCGUACCGCUGUCCACGCUCACGUCCUGGCAGAGAGAGAUCCAGCUGUGGGCCCCUCAGAUGAACGUCGUCGUCUACCUGGGAGACAUCAGCAGCAGGAACAUGAUCAGGACACACGAGUGGAUGCACAUCCACAACAAGAGACUGAAAUUCAACAUCCUCCUCACAACAUACGAGAUUCUUCUCAAAGACAAGUCGUUUCUGGGAAACGUUAGCUGGGCCUUCAUCGGUGUGGAUGAGGCGCAUCGACUGAAGAACGACGAUUCCCUCCUCUACAAGACCAUGAUCGAAUUCAAGUCGAAUCACAGGCUUCUGAUCACAGGAACGCCUCUGCAAAACUCCCUGAAAGAGCUCUGGUCCCUGCUGCACUUCAUCAUGCCUGAGAAGUUUCACUCCUGGGAGUUGUUUGAGGAGGAGCACGGUAAAGGCAGAGACUCGGGCUACACGAGUCUGCACAAAGAGCUCGAACCUUUUCUGCUGCGUCGAGUCAAAAAAGAUGUGGAGAAAUCUCUUCCCGCCAAAGUGGAGCAGAUCCUCCGAGUGGAGAUGAGUGCUAUCCAGAAACAGUAUUACAAAUGGAUCCUGACCAGGAACUACAAAGCUCUGAGUAAAGGUACCAAAGGCAGCACGUCCGGCUUCCUCAACAUCAUGAUGGAGCUGAAGAAGUGCUGUAACCACUGCUACCUGAUCAAACCUCCAGAGGAUAACGAGUUCCUCAACAGAGCCGAAGCCCUGCAGCAACUGAUCCGCAGCAGUGGGAAGCUAGUCCUGUUGGACAAACUGUUGGUGCGUUUAAAGGAGCGAGGACAUCGAGUCUUAAUCUUCUCUCAGAUGGUCCGGAUGCUCGAUAUCCUCGCUGAUUAUCUGAAGAGUCGGCAGUUCCUCUUCCAGAGAUUAGACGGCUCCAUCAAAGGAGAGAUGAGGAAGCAGGCAUUGGAUCAUUUUAAUGCAGAGGGCUCAGAGGAUUUCUGCUUCCUGUUGUCAACCCGAGCUGGCGGUCUGGGCAUUAAUCUGGCUUCGGCUGACACAGUCGUCAUCUUCGACUCGGACUGGAACCCUCAGAACGACCUGCAGGCUCAGGCCAGAGCGCACAGGAUCGGACAGAAGAGACAAGUGAAUAUCUACCGUCUGGUGACGAAGGGCUCGGUGGAGGAAGACAUCAUUGAGAGGGCGAAGAAGAAGAUGGUUCUGGACCAUCUGGUUAUUCAGAGGAUGGACACCACGGGGAAAACCGUCCUCCACACGGGUGCUGCCCCCUCCAGUUCAGCGCCGUUUAACAAAGAGGAGCUGUCGGCCAUCUUGAAGUUCGGCGCUGAAGAGCUUUUCAAGGAGCAGGAGGGAGAGGAGCAGGAGCCUCAGGAAAUGGACAUCGACGAGAUCCUGAAGAGAGCUGAGACGAGAGAAAACGACCCCGGACCGUCCACAGUGGGGGAGGAACUCCUGUCUCAGUUUAAGGUGGCCAACUUCUCCAUGAUGGAGGAGGAGGAGAUCGACAUCGACUCGGAGCGCAGCCAGAGGAGCUGGGACGACAUCAUUCCUGAGGAGCAGAGGAGGAGGAUGGAGGAGGAGGAGAGGCAGAAGGAGCUGGAGGAGAUCUACAUGCUUCCACGCAUGAGGAACUGUGCCAAACAGAUAAGCUUUAACUCUGGCGGGGGUCGGCAGAGCAGGAACAGACGGUACUCUGGCUCCGACAGUGACUCGCCCUCAGACCGGAAGAGGCCAAAGAAACGAGGACGACCGCGAACCAUUCCACGAGAAAAUAUCAAGGGCUUCAGUGACGCUGAGAUCAGAAGGUUUGUCAAGAGUUAUAAGAAGUUUGGAGGACCACUGGAAAGGUUGGAUGCUAUCGCUCGUGAUGCUGAACUGGUGGACAAAUCAGAGCACGACCUCAAACGUUUGGCAGAGACGGUUCAUAACGGCUGCGUGAGAACACUACGGGAAAACCCCUGUGGACCAGAGAAGACCUCAGGAGGCAGACGAGGGAAGGUAAAAGGCCCCACAUUCAGGAUCUCUGGAGUCCAGGUGAACGCCAAGCUGGUGAUUUCUCAUGAAGAAGAGCUGGCUCCACUUCACAAAGCCAUUCCUGCUGACCCCGAGGAGAGGAAGAAGUAUAUGAUUCCAUGCCACUCGAAGGCAGCACACUUCGACAUUGAGUGGGGGAAGGAGGACGACUCAAGCCUCCUCAUAGGAAUCUAUGAGUACGGCUACGGCAGCUGGGAGAUGAUCAAGAUGGACCCCGACCUCAAUCUCACACACAAGCUCCUACCAGACGACCCUGACAAGAAGCCUCAGGCCAAACAGCUGCAGACCCGAGCAGACUACCUCAUCAAGCUGCUGAGCAAGGACCUGGCCAAGAGAGAAGCACAGAAACAAGCAGGGACGGCAAAUUCAAGGAAGAGGAAGCCAAGAAGUAAAAAGAAUAAAACAAUAAAGCCGACAAAGACAGACGAGGUGAUGAAGAGCACAUCUUCAGAGCCUUCAUCAGACAAAAGGUCAGACGAUGAAGAUGAGGUCGAGGAGGAAAAGGCUCCUGCACCUGUGAAGACACUAAACAGACGAGCCCGACCCGACAAGAUCGUGGUGAAAGAGGAGGAAGACGAGGAGGAGGAGGAGGAGGAGGAAGAAGACAAUGAUGAUGACGAUGAUGAGCCCGAAGAGGAGGAGGUGUCUUCAUCAGGGGAGAGAGAGGCAAAGGGAAAGGAGAUCAAAAAAGAGGUGAAAAAGGAGAAGAAGGAGGAGAUUUGGGACACGAAGGAGACAAAAGAGCCAAAAGAGAGGAAAGAAACGAAACCUCUGGAGCCGAUACACAAACAAGAGGAGAGCACGGAGAAGAAUGAGGUGAAGACGGAGGUACGAGAGCGAGCAAAGAAAGCCUUGGAUGUCCCGGUUCAUAUCACGGCAAGUGGCGAGAACAUCCCGGUGUCAGAGGAAUCGGAGGAGCUCGACCAGCGGACGUUCAGUGUGUGUAAGGAGAGGAUGCGGCCGGUGAAAGCGGCUCUGAAGCAGCUGGACCGGCCGGAGAAAGGACUGUCUGAGCGCGAGCAGCUCGAGCACACGAGGCAGUGCUUAAUAAAGAUCGGAGACCACAUCACCGAGUGUCUAAAGGAAUAUUCAAACCCCGACCUCAUCAAGCAGUGGAGGAAGAACCUGUGGAUUUUUGUUUCCAAGUUCACUGAGUUUGACGCCCGAAAACUUCACAAACUCUACAAACAUGCGAUUAAGAAGAGGCAGGAAAAUGCCCAGGCCAUGGAGCAGAACACUAGAAAUCUGAACACUCACGGGUACAAACACGCAGAUAUCGAGAGGCUGAAGGAUAACUCCCACCAGGACGAGAGCAGCAGAGACAGCUGCAGUUCAGACCGGCAUCAGCCAUCAGCUCGGUACCACGAGAGCAGCAGCAAGGAGAGACACUCAUCUGAGUCCCACAGGAAAACGUCAGGAGGAGGAGGAGGAGGAGGAGGAGGAGGAGACUCCAGGAAGAGACCAUACUCAUCCUUCAGCAACGGAAAAGAUCACAGAGACAGAGACCACUACAGACCGGACAGCCGUGACAGAGACAGAGACAGACAGGACAGAUACUACAACGACAGUAAGCACAGGAAGCUGGAGGACUUCCGCUCCAGCAGAGACCACCGGCUGGACAUGAAGGAUCAUUCCCACUCGGACCACCGCUCCUCCUACAGAUACCACUCAGACUGGCAGAGUGAGCAGCGAGCCUCGGCCAGCGGGCCGCGCUCCCCCUACGACUCCCGCUCCCCGCUCGGCCACCGCUCGCCCUUCGACUACUCGUCGGACCACAAGAGCACGCCGGAGCAGAUCUGGAGCAGCCGUAAGACAUAGCAGGAGCUGCGGGGUCUGCACGUAGCAGCCAUAGACUGACACAGCGAGGUGCCUUACAGGGACUGAACCUGCAGCUGUCGCAUCAGCACGGCUCGGCCCCCCUCUGACGCUGACAUCACCUCGGGAACCUGCAGGACGAGCGCCGGGGAGCGGCUCCACCAGGCAGCACAUUAAAGAAUCCUAUUUUUCUAUUUAAGAGUUUAACGCCGCAGCGUUAGCGGCGGCUCAGCGGCACGCAGCUGGAUUUUUGUUAUUUUUAUAAACGUUUUUUUAACGGUCGACCCUGAGUGCUGCCUCAUAUUCCCCUCGACACUGGAUCCUGUCUGUUUGUCUACGUCCGUCUGUCCGUCUGUCUCUCUCAUGCUACCUUAUUUAAGUGUUAACUCGACGAGACGUCACAGAAUCACCAUCCGCUCGAUGUAAAGGUGAAGCCACCUGAAGUACCUCAUUACAGCAUUUCUCAUUUCCUCGGCAGGUUUUCUGUUUCCACCUGGUGUGAAUUAUUUAAUAACAUAUCCUAGAUGUACAAAAAUAACCUGGAUUUUUGUUUUUUAGAGCAACUUGUAUCAUGUUUUUCCUCCAAUAAUGUUGUAAAUUUUUGUAAAAUAGUAAAUCAGUGGUCUUUUUUCCUCAGGCUUUUGGGAUUUAUUGACUCGACUUUUCCCCAUCGACUCAGGCUUUUUCGUCGUUCUCCGAGUGAGUUUCUGUACGAUAGUUCUUUGGUUAAUGCUUUCAGAAUGUAACUUUUGGUAAAGGGAAAGUUCUUACUGGCUAGUGCUUAGUUUCUCUGUUAAAUCCGUGGGCGGACUUUUGGAAAUCACGUCUGUUUUCUUUGAUAGAAUCACCGUUAGAUCUAAAACAGCUAGACUUUUUACAUCUUUUCUUUCUUUGGUUUUCUACGUAGGCAAUAAUAAUGUCAAUGUUUCUAUGCAGCCAAGUAUAUUUGUGGUGAACCAACCCAACUGAAUGAAGUCACUGUUACGGUUCACGCUGUUGUACAUAAAUUUCCUCUAUAUUUGAAAAUGAAUUUACACUGAAAGUGCAUGAAUUUUUAUGAACUGUUUUAUAUAGUUGUUUAUGAAGCCAUUAAAAUCAAUCACUGUAC